AGAAUCUCAACAUCCGGGUCGCGUCAUCAGCCCAUACCCGGCGACCCUGCUCGCUGACGAGAAUUCGCAGAAGUUAACGCUGUCUCUCAAAGUGAAGUAACUUGUUCACUCGUUAUGGCGGACCAGGCUGUCGAGGAGAAAAUGAGCAAAUUGCGGGUGGACGAGAAGAAAAAGGGGGGAACCGAAAGUCCUAAAGAUGGAGGAAAGAAGAAGGCCAAAAGUGCUGCUGGGGAGUCUGGAAGCAGAUCUGAACUGACGCCAGCACCCCAGUACAUAGAUGAGCGUCUUACUCUGUACACUAAGCUGAAAGCGGAGCACGACGCGCUGCAGGCAGAGAAGGCUGCGAAGAACAGCCGAGCCAUCAAGGUGACUCUGCCCGACGGAAAAGUGGUGGACGCCGAUUCCUGGAAGACCACGCCGUACCAGGUGGCCUGUGGAAUCAGUCAAGGCCUCGCCGACGGCACGGUGAUUGCUAAGGUGAACAGCAUUGUGUGGGACCUGGACAGACCACUGGAGGAAGACUGCAGCCUUCAGUUGCUCAAGUUUGAUGAUGAGGAGGCUCAAGCUGUUUACUGGCACUCCAGCGCCCACAUCUUGGGUGAAGCCAUGGAGAGGGUGUACGGAGGCUGCCUCUGCUACGGGCCCCCCAUCGAGAGCGGCUUUUACUACGACAUGUUCCUGGAGAACAGCGAGGGCGUGUCAAGCAAUGACUUUCCGGGUCUGGAGACCUUGUGCAAGAAAAUCAUCAAGGAGAAGCAGCCAUUCGAGAGGCUGGAGAUCAAGAAGGAAACUCUGUUGGAAAUGUUCAAGUACAACAAGUUCAAAUGCCGCAUUCUGAAUGAGAAGGUUACCACUCCCACCACCACUGUUUACAGGUGUGGUCCCUUAAUCGACUUGUGUCGCGGGCCCCAUGUGAGACAUACAGGAAAAAUCAAGGCACUUAAGAUCCACAAGAAUUCGUCUACAUACUGGGAGGGUAAGGCGGACAUGGAAACCCUCCAGAGGAUCUACGGAAUCUCCUUCCCGGACCCCAAGAUGCUGAAAGAGUGGGAGAAGUUUCAGGAGGAGGCCAAGAACCGAGAUCACCGCAAACUGGGCCGGGAUCAGGACCUGUUCUUCUUCCACGACCUGAGUCCAGGGAGCUGCUUCUUCCUGCCUAAUGGGGCCUACAUCUACAACACCCUGAUUGAGUUCAUCAGAAGUGAGUACAGGAAGAGGGGAUUCCAGGAGGUGGUGACACCCAACAUCUACAACAGCAAGCUGUGGCAGACCUCCGGCCACUGGCAGCACUACAGCGAGAACAUGUUCUCCUUCGAGGUCGAGAAGGAGACCUUUGCCCUCAAACCCAUGAACUGCCCAGGACACUGUCUGAUGUUCGAUCACCGGCCGCGCUCCUGGAGAGAGUUGCCUAUUCGCAUGGCCGAUUUCGGCGUCCUUCACAGGAACGAGCUGUCGGGAGCCCUGACGGGCCUCACCCGGGUCCGCCGCUUCCAGCAGGACGACGCUCACAUCUUCUGCACCAUGGACCAGAUCGAGGAGGAGAUCAAGGGCUGCCUGGACUUCCUGCGGGCCGUGUACGAGGUGUUCGGCUUCACUUUCAAACUCAACCUCUCCACCCGGCCGGAGAAGUUUCUAGGGGACCCGGGCAUCUGGGAGCAGGCAGAGAAGCAACUGGAGAGCAGCUUGAAUGACUUCGGGGAGAAGUGGGUCCUCAACCCCGGCGACGGAGCGUUCUACGGGCCGAAGAUCGACAUCGAGAUCAAGGACGCCAUCGGCCGCUACCAUCAGUGUGCCACCAUCCAACUGGACUUCCAACUCCCGAUCCGCUUCAACCUCUCCUUCGUCAGCCAAGAUGGCGACGACAAGAAGAGACCAGUGAUCAUCCACAGAGCCAUCCUGGGAUCAGUGGAGAGGAUGAUCGCCAUCCUGACCGAGAACUACGGAGGCAAAUGGCCGCUGUGGCUCUCUCCUCGCCAGGUGAUGGUCAUUCCCUUGGGGCCGACCUGUGAGGAAUACGCUCGGAAGGUCCAGCAGGAGUUCCACAGCAGCGGCUUCAUGACUGACGUGGACCUGGACCCCGGCUGCACUCUGAACAAGAAGAUCAGGAACGCACAGCUGGCGCAGUACAACUUCAUCCUGGUGGUGGGAGAGAAGGAGAAGACGAGCGAAACCGUGAACGUGCGCACCCGGGAUAACAAAGUGCACGGCGAGCGCACUGUGGAGGAGUGCGUCGAGCGCCUGAAACAACUCAAGAGCUGCAGGAGUCGCAACGCCGAGGAGGACUUCUGAGCCCGUCCUCCUCUCAACGGGACCUCCGGUGUGGGGACUUCUUGGUGAAGGGGGUCAAACUACUUUCACAUCGCGGCCUCGUCUCUCCACCCGGGAAUCGCAUUUUUCACAUUCGAUAAUCUUUCAUAUUUUCCUGGUGACUUCCUGGUUGCCUCUUUACUGCAUCUCUGUUUCUGGUUCUCGAGUCUCGUUGUUUGUGUAAUUCUCCCUCCUGCUGGCGCAGAACUCUUAAACGGCGGAUUCAAACAGUGGUUUUGUUACAGCCGUCUGAACAGUUUGUAUCAUGACAUUCAUUCUUUCUUCAGGGAAUUGUAUGAGAUUUUAAUAAUUAAACCAAUCUAUUCUUAA